UGCUGUGCGGGACAGGGGAGCGUUUACUUUCGACUCCGCUUCAAAGCCAUGGAUCUUACAAACGAUAAACUAUCUUCCAUCCGAAAGUGUCUUUUGGUAACUUUACUGCUCGUUUGUUCAUUUCAACUGUCCCGAUCAAAGCGAAUAUUCAAAUGUCCUUCAGGAUGCACUUGUACGACAGAUUCAAUCAUUUGCGUCGGUUCGUCUCUCAUCCCACGGACUAUACCGAGUGACAUCAACUCCCUGAGUAUUGUCAAUUGCAGUUUCCCAGAAAUCAAGGAGGCUAUGUUCUCGCUCAUGCCCUCACUGCAGUUACUUCUCCUUAGUUCUAAUUCAUUUUCUGAAAUCAAGGAGGAUGCAUUCUCAGGGCUUCCUCAUCUUGAGUAUUUAUUUAUUGAAGGUAACAAGAUUGGAGAGAUAAACAAAUAUGCCUUCAGAGGACUUCGGGAUGUUACACAUCUAUCAUUAGCGAACAACAAUUUAAAAACACUACCCAGGGGUCUUUUUUCUGAUCUACGCUCUUUGAUUGAACUAGAUCUGCGUGGGAACAUGUUCCAUUGCGACUGUGAGACCAUGUGGCUGAUGCUGUGGUUGAAACGAUCCAAUGCCACGAUCUCUAAUGCUUACUGUGCCAGUCCAUCUGGCAUGAAGGGCGUCCUAUUAAAGGAUGUCCCAGAAAAACACAGCAAGUGUGUCUCCACAGAUUUUGUUCAGUACCAAAUAGUGAAUACUCAAUCAAUGUCAGCAGACAUCUUCUCUCACAAAGAUGAUAUAUAUGUUGCUAUGUCAGUUCCAAAUUCAGACAGCUGCAUAAUCAUGGAAUGGGAUCACAUUGAGACUAAAUUCAGGCCUUUUGAUAACAUCACAGGUCGGUCUGUUGUUGGAUGCCGGUCUGUUCUGAUCAACGAGCAGGCAUUUGUCAUUGUCUCCCAACUCUUCGAUGGCUCCCUCGUCUACAAAUAUGACCAAGCACAGAAUAAGUUCACCAAAUUUCAGGCAGUUGAAAUGCUUAAUGUGUCCAAGCCGAAUGACAUUGAAGUCUUCCAGAUCGGAGAUGACUGGUUCUUCCUAAUUGUGGACAGUUCCAAAGCUGGAAUGACAACUCUGUUUAAGUGGAAUGAAACUGGUUUCUACCCAUACCAGUUCCUUCAUGAAUGGUUUCGUGACACCGAUGCAGAGUUUUUUUAUUUAGAUGGCAAAUCUGUCCUCAUACUCGUGAGCCGUUCCCAGGUUCCUGUUAUCUACCAAUGGAACAAGAGCACCCAGAAGUUUGUUCUCCAUGAUGAGAUAGCAAAUAUGGACGACAUUGUCAGCGUGAAGGCCUUUAGGAUUAAUGAUGUUCCCUACCUUGCGCUCGCCUGCUACAUCGGUGACUCAAAAGUCAUGAAGUGGACGGGCAAACACUUUGAAGAAGUACAGGGCUUGCCUUCACGUGGCGCCACAGUAUUACAGCCCAUCAAGUUCAAAGACCUGCACUAUUUGAUUCUGAGCAGUGAUUAUUCUUUCUCCCAGAUCUUUAGGUGGGAUGAGGAAAACCAGAAAUUUAUCAAGUUCAGGGAUGUGUAUGUUCAGUGGCCACGCUCAUUCACAGCACUGUCCACAGACCAGCGUGAUUUUGUGCUGGCCACCAGCUUCAAAGGCAAAACCAAGGUUUUUGAACAUAUUUCAGUGGAUUAUAGCAAAUGAGGCAUAUGCUGUUAUUCGUUGCAUCUGGGCAAUUGCUAAAAUAAAACUCUAUUCUUCAAUAUAUGUAUGCAAGUAACCAUAAUAUUUAUGAAUGUAAUGUUUCGUCAACAAAAAGGCCAAAACCCAGUGCACAUGCCUGUCUUCUGUCUUGCAAAAGCUAUUUAUGCAACAUUUUCUAUAAAGGUUUAAAUAAAUAAUGCUCUGCUGCUUAAUUUAUUCAGACCUUGAAAAUACCUGACUGUUUGAUUAUAUCAGGGCCCUUUUAAAUCAUUUCUUUGUGAUAUAUCAGGUUCACCAAAGGUGCUCCGGCUUCAAUCCAAAAGACUGUGGACUUGUCAGCUUCAAGCUAAUUUAUCCUAAUGAGCUGGUUUGACUAUAUGCAAGCAUGUUUUUGGUGCUGAGUAGUGAUAUUGUUCAGUAGAGACCCUCAGUGUUAUUGCCUUUGAUGAAUGAAAGCUUUAGAAAUUGCGUUUUUUUAUUAUUCAUGAUUUUUUUUUUUAACAGAGGAUGAUCCUUUAUUACUGUAGCUGGCCGAGGAUUGUACUGGAUGUACAUUUGAAAAUAUAUUA